AUGGCAACUCUCAAGGAUCAGGUGAUUCAGAAUCUUCUUAAGGAAGAACAUGUCCCCCAGAAUAAGAUUACAGUGGUUGGAGUUGGUGCUGUUGGCAUGGCCUGUGCCAUCAGUAUCUUUAUGAAGGACUUGGCAGGUGAAAUUGCUCUUGUCGAUGUUAUGGAAGACAAACUGAAGGGAGACAUGACGGAUCUUCAACACGGCAGCCUUUUCUUUAGAACACCAAAAUUUGUCUCUGGCAAAGACUAUCAUGUGAUGGCAAACUCCAGGCUGGUUAUUAUCACAGCUGGGGCAUGUCAGCAAGAGGUAGAAAGCCGUCUUAAUUUGGUCCAGCCUAACAUGAACAUCUUCAAACUCAUCAUUCCUAAUAUUGUAAAAUACAGCCCAAACUGCAAGUUGCUUGUUGUUUCCAAGCCAGUGGAUAUCUUGACCUAUGUGGCUUGGAAGAUAAGCGGCUUUCCUAAAAACCGUGUUAUUGGAAGUGAUUGCGAUCUGGAUUCAGCCCGGUUCCGUUACCUCAUGGGGGAAAGGCUGGGAGUUCACUCAUUAAGCUGUCAUGGGUGGAUCCUUGGGGAGCACAGAGACUCUAGUGUUCCUGUAUGGAGUGGAGUGAAUGUUGCUGGUGUUUCCCUGAAGUAUCUGCACCCCGAAUUCAGCACUGAUGCAGAUAAGAAACAGUGGAAAGCAAGCAGAUGCACUUUGGGGGAUCCAGAUAGAGUUGCAUUUUUAAAGUCUAAUAUCAUACCACUUCACUGUCUAGGCUACAAGAGGACUUUAGUUGGAGGUUGUGCAUGUUGUCCUUUAUAUCUGAUCUGUGACUAA